AUGGAGACCAGCUCGCGGUCAGUAAAGCCAUCAGGAGAAGACUCCUUCUUCGCAGGGACGCUUGGCACUGAUCGCACAAUAACAACGCUUCUUACGUUUCGUCCGAAAAUUGAGGAAACAGGCGACAUCGCGUACAAAGAGAUCAGAACCAUCGUGGAGCUAGGCGAUGGGCUACAAGGCUACCCCCGGAUCGCACACGGCGGCUUCCAGGCAACAUUGCUUGACGAGAUGUCAGGCGUCUUAAUCGGGACGGUCAUGGAGAAGAAGGCGCAAAGGGCAAGCAAGGACGGUCGCCGCGCGCCUGUCGCAAGCUACGUUACUGCCUAUCUAAACACUACUUACAAGAAGCCGGCACCAACCCUGCAGAAGCUUCUCUGCACAGCCAAGAUCGAACGAAUAGAAGACGGUGGUCGCAAACUAUACGCUCGCGCGACUCUCGAAGACGGCAACGGUACGAUAUACACCAUCGCCGACGGCAUGUUCAUCAGACUUUCGACCAAGCUAUGA